AUGGUGGUGGUAGACAGCGCGGGGAGGCGCGAUCCGGGGCUGCGCAGCAAGAAGCAAGUUGCACGAGACUCCCUGUGCGCGGUCCUAUGCGACGACUCGUCGCUGCAGAAGUCCGCCGCCCUGACGCUGGCCCGCGCAUCAGCAACUGAAGGCGCUUCUCUCGAGGUGUUGCUGAGCCUGGUGCGGGGGGAGCUGCCGAACUGUAUGCCAUCGUUUAGCAUAUCGAAGUCGGCUUUUCUCCCCAAGGCACGCUGGCUAGAUGGUUCCGGUCUCUUUCCGUCGGAGGAUGACGUAGUAGGCACUAACACUCUGAAGGAGUGUCUACAGAGCCCGGAGGCAUGGGAGAGGGCGAGGGUGGUGGCGCUCCGUGCGCUACUCGUGCAGCGCGGCGGGGACCCGGUGUCUCUGGAGGAGCUGCUGCCGCAUGUGGUGGUUGGAGUGAAGCCUGAGUCGAAGAAACAGGUGACAUACUGCCGUGAAACUGCAGUUGCACUGGCCGUGGCGUUUGCCGAGGCCAUCCCGGAUGGCGACAGCUUCGAAUUCUCAGUUCUUCAAAUGGCACUGGUGAAUGAGGAUGUCAAAAUACCAGUGUUGCAGACGGUGAUUGAGCGUGCGAUGGGUGAACCUGCGCUGCUGCCCCGGGUACUAAAACUGCUGAGGCGCAUGAUGGACACCGAAAACGCCACGCCCGUUUUUGACCUGGUCGGCGAUGCGCCCCGCUCCCCUUCGCUCGCUGUCUUUGCGAUGGUGCACUUUUGCUCGAUCAACGCGCAGUGUUUGGUCAGCGCGGUGCCACGGGCGUUGCACGUGAUCGACUUCCACGCUGCCGACUCUGGCGGGUUGCGCCUGAUGUGCCUGCUUGUCUGUGCAGUGCGUCUCUCCGAUGUCAAAUCGGUGCCAAUACGGCGGAAGUAUGCGAAGUUUUUGCAUUCGAAACUAGUCGGACGGGCGUAUGGUGGCUACGCGGAGGACAUUGCAGAAGCCCUGAAAUCACGCCCCAACGUGAUACGGGUGAUCGUGGACGCCAUUGUGACCACAAUAUUCGCGGUAACCAGGAACUCGCAGCCUGUCUACGAACUUGUUCUUAUCGUCAGUGCGCUUCUGGAACUUCUUCUGACAGCGACGUCUGCCGCGGCCGAGCGGACACCUGACAUGAAACUGCCUACAGCAGCCCUUGAUGUAGCAAGCUUGUUGAAGGUGCGUGCGCUCGUUUCGCACCUCACGCACUGCGGAAUAUCUAUGGAGAACGAUCAUAGGUUAGACCCCCUGCUGGCUUCCAUUUCAGUGGCGGUCUCCGACGACGGUAUAUUUGCAUACGCAAACCAAUUCGACUUCUCCGCACAGUUCUUUAUCGAAGAGGUGGAUGUUUGGGGCGAUAUUGUGGCUUUGUGCGUAGACGAUUACGGGUUGGGGUUGUUUAAUGCAGUGAAGGCGCGUGUGCAAUCGGCUGCCGAUGUCGUAUGGGGGUUUAACAGCCUGCAGCGGUUGUACGUGGGCGUGGCGAUUACGAAAGAUACGGAACUCGUAACCGAAUCUCCCGACCUGCACGGGUCCGUUGUGCACAUCAGUGAGGGAUGGUCAUUGCGGGAUGCGAUGAAGGUGGCACUGGCGACUUUGACGCUGAACGUUAGCACCCAUGCGUCGGCGCUGGCUUACAUUGCUGCCGUUGCAGCUCGCAACAACGAGGAGGCGCUUUUCUUCGUAUCAGCGCUGGUAGAUUCGACGUUGUUCCUGCUUCGUAACUGCGCCGUGUUGCCGUGGGAGGUGGCUUUCAAGAUGGUGGAGAUGAACAUCGUGAUGCUUGCACGGUUGUCACGACAUAGGCUCGCACUGCCCAUUGUGUUUAGCGCGUUCAGGUAUCUAUUUGGGCAUCAAUUGAUGCAGCAAUGUCGUGAUGAGGUUUCGCAAUUUUACCGAUUCGAUGCCCGCUGGAGAUGCCUACUGCUGUGCCAUAGCGACAUCCCAGCCUCCAAGGUGGUGGACACCCCGACCCCGGAAAGGCUGCAGGCGAUGACUGCACGUGACAGGGAGGUUUACAUGAUAGUAUUCCGAUCCUUGUGCAAGUACCGUCCGGAAGACGCACUCAAAUACGUUAACGACCUCGGGGCGCUCUUUGCCGAGUAUCCGGUCAUGGCUAUAGACGGAUGCACGCGCAUGUGCAAAAACGACGUGAUGGAUUUCGGCAUAGCAUAUCGGGUCUACGUCGCGUCAUUGUUGCAAUCCAACCUAGGGAACACAGCUGUGGUCGGUGCCGUGGGCAGCUUCUUUUGUGAUUACCUGAAGCUGGUUAGCAUGCGAAUACAGGGACAGGUAACCGAUGAGGACGUGGAAGACCUGAACCUCAUAAUGAUAAAUUUGCUGCAGCUAGCGGCGUUGGACGAUCUGCAUGGAGUCACUGCAAUAGCAGCGCUGCUCAAGUCGCCGCUGUGGGCAAAGCUCCAGACCCUCCGUAACUGGCAUCUGAACCAAGAAUGUGAUUGCUACUCAUUGCUUGACCGAAUCAAGAAAAGGCAAUUGAAGUGCACCUUCGCCAAGCUGGACCCCAGAUUCUUCGAGUUCGAUUUCACGGCGUUCAUAGGUGCCGACGCAGGCGAAGAGACCAGCGACCCAGCAAGCACGCACGGACAGAGUCUACUCAUAUCCGCAGUAAUAGAUGCGGAGAGUGAUGCCACUAGUAGAGCAACACUGCUGUCUCGCAGAAAUGAGGCUGUGUUGGGCUUUAACCGCGAAAUACGCAGGGUUACACGUGAGCUGCUGAAGGAAUUGGGGCACUCGAAGCCCACGAUCAGUUCGUUCAGAUUCAUCCUCGAAUCUGACGAGGUGGAUACGCGGAUUUCCGUGGCUGACAGAGGGAUAGCGGCAUGUGUGCUACCGAUGCAGGGAGCUGAGUCCGGCAUUGGAAACGUCAGGCUGUUACACCUGCCUACAUUGUUCAAACUGUAUGGCAUCAUCAUCGCCGGCAGACAGUUCAACCGCGACGUAGUUUGCGAAAAUGCGUACGAUGGUAUAUUAUCUGGUGGCAGCGCCAUGGGUGGCCGGGUUAUUGCCGAAAUGGCGCUGCUUGUGAACAUGCCCAGCGACCCUCGUAACGCCAUGCUGGUCACGCACAUGCUUCUACACCUCAAGGAAAUGGGAGAGUCGAUUAAUGCUGCCAAGAGUGAUAGCGAACACCUGAGUUGUGACAAGACUGUGGUCUACGCAUUUGCGCUGGCGUACAUGCACUGCCAACAUUGCGUAGUUACGGAAUUCCCGCUGGUCAUCCUGGAGCUUCUGCGGUCCGCGUUGCCCAAGUUCAACGUAUAUGCCGAGCUCGCCGACAUGCUCUGCCUCGUACUGGGAACUGUCUACAGGUACACCAAUCUCCAUUUCUAUAUAACGGAGGUUAUCCUGAGUCUGUUCUCUGACUACCUAGACGCGACUCCAAACCACGGUGUUAGGAUUGGUUGGGUGCUAGGGCUGUGCAACCUCAUUGAGGAUGUGCCGCGUGAUUCGAUAAACGUGCUGGAGCCACUGAUGUCUAGGAUUCUUUCUUUGGUAGUGAAUGACGAUCUCCCGCAGGCACAACGCUCACUGCUCGCUGUACCCCUUGCGCAGUAUUGGGCAUUGAAAAAGUGUAACGAUGUGGGUUCCGCAAUUGCAAACCUACUUGUGGAAACCUGUGCAACAACCCCUGUGGACCCAUGUACUAUGUUGCUCUUGGCAUAUUGCCACUACGUAGGUUUUGAGCCCCAUCUGGUUGGCAAAGGUUGCGAGGUAACAGGAUGCGAUACUUGUUCUGGUAUGUGUACGGGAGAUAAUACAGAAGGGGUUGGUGGCGUAGAUAAGGGAUGUUGCGCAUGUGACACUAGGGUGCCUGGGUGGGCCGGAAAUGACGGCGCCACCGGAUUUUCUUCCGGACGCACAUUAGGGAGUAACCAUUCUCUAAAGCAGGGCUGUGUUCACGUUUUCUCUGGGAAAACCGGCUGCCAGAAUGUGGACGAUAAGCGGGGACGUUGUUCGGGAGCCACUGCGUUCUUUGAAGGGGACACGACACUACUAUCCAAUAGUCUCAAGGACGGCAACGCCGUAGGUGGUGAUAGAGUUUCCGAUAAACUCCAAGAAACUCUGAUGGCGUGUAUACGGGCCAACUUGAGUGGAGACGACGUGGUCAAGGAUCUUCUGAUCGUAGCUACGAUGCUUUUGAACGGUUUCCCUUACAUUGCACCGACGCGCAACGCGUGCUUCAAGAGGCUCCUGCGUAACAAGAACGGCUGGUCGGUGCUUUACAAAGACCUUUCAACAGCGCUAGCAGCUAUAGCGUACCAGGAAACAGUGCAGGUGACCAUGGCAACGGCAGCCAAGUCUAGCAGAUAUAGUCGCUCACGAGGUUCCACGACUUCUGCGCACCAAUACCCCUUGGCCACGCAAAUGAAAAGCGACGAGUCGCAGUGGGGUGACGAGUCCGCAGUUUUGGUUGCUAUAAUGCAAUUAAGUGUGAUCAAAAAGUUCUUGGCCAGCCAAGCGGAGCUCGAUUGCUACAAUGAAGACGGGAGCAUCGGAAACACGCUGUCAGAGAUAAGACGAAAACCCCACUCGUUCAAGCUGUUAAGCGCUCUGACGCUCUGCAAGCCGUUGAAGUUGACGCUGUGGGAUAUAAUAUCGUUCGAAGACACGGAAUGCAGCUGUGAGCGUGAGCUUGUACUGCGCAUAUACUGCCUGCACGGCCAGAUCAACCGAUACCUUAUGGAACACCUGGCAAGCGCCUCAAAGUAUUUUGGGUGUUUCGAUAGGCGGUUGAAGGUGUCGUUCCUCAACUGUGUUCGGCUGGCCUUUUGGAGCAUAGACUUUAACAGCCUACGACUGGUGCUCUCGUACAUAGCGGACUUUGAUGACCUCGACGUGCUUCUCACCAUAGAGACGUUGUUGGAGUCGUGCGUGUAUCUCAUGAAAGGUUCCGAUGGCACGGGACUGAAUGGUGAGGAAUUUGCAUCCAAGGUUCUUGAUCAACUUCUUCACCCGAUUAUCGUUCAAGUCGUCUCGCGAUCGAAGCGCCACAAGGCUGCCGUCUGCCUUUACUACAAGGCGAUGCCUCACAUCAAUGUGGAUCAACGUGCAGAACUUGUGACGACAGUUAAUUCGAGCGAUAUCGCGCUCAAAUCGCUGCUCUGCGGCGUGUGCGAUGCAGCAGAGGCCCCGUUCACUUUCAACGAGUGCUUUGCCCACCUCGUGACGCAAAAUGUCUCUGUGAGCAACGUGGUACUCUACUGCUACGUGAACGUGCACCGCCACAUGGAGGUGAUGCUGCAUUGCAUCCACGUCCUCAACGUCAACACAAACUCGGAGCAGAUCACCCUCGUCUCCCUGGCUCUCAUGGCGCUCGUCGCCGAACGCAACGUGGCGUCAUACCUGUUGGAGCUCGCAUUCGACGGAGCGAAAAUAGAGGCCAACGCUAAACACGAGCUACGGCACAUCGCAACCCUCGACGUCUACGAGUUCAUUAGGCUCAAACGCCAGCCCAACCUCUUCUACUACGACACCAUCGAUGCGAGGACACUGGCCAAAAGCGCAAACAUACCGGCCACAGCGCCUGGUACAUGGAAGAAUUGCGGACUUGAGGCAACGCCGCUCGGAUGUCUGCUACCAAUGGCAAAGGACCGCCACGUGCCAAACUGGCUGCCAAAACUCGGCAACCUUGCCCUGGACCGCAGGAAGCAGUCCCUGUUACCCAUGGAUUUGCCAGCUCGCAAAAUGAUAUCGUCGGUCACAGAAGUUGACGCUGAGCACCUGCUUGUCGAUAACGCCGUCGUGAUCAUGUCAGCCUACAAGGCACACUUGAUCGAGCGCCACCCGGCGCACCCAGGGCUGCGCGAUAUCAUGGCGUUUUUAAAUACACGGCUUGCAUGA